UUGAUAUUGAAUAUGAAGCAGUGGUACCAAUGAGCUGAAAGUUGUGAAUUUUCUCUCAGAGAGAAAAGAGGAUGUGGUUGAGAACAAUGAUGGUGAUGGAGGUGAUGAUGGAGAAAGUGGGGAUACAGAAAGACAAAGAACAGAAUUGACUAUAUACCAUCUGGGAAUUUACUCAUUUCAUCUGAGUACGAAAAGAGAACUAAAGAAAAGACGCAGAGUUCACACUAAGGAUAUUACCCAGAUGGUGACGGAGGCUGCUCUUUACUGGUUCACAAGAGAUACAAAGUGGAAUGGGGGAAAAUCACACAGUGGUUACCGAGUUCAUCCUGUUGGGGUUUGGCCUUGGCCCAAGGAUUCAGGUGCUUCUCUUUGGAAUAUUCUCCCUGUUCUAUGUCUUCACCCUGCUGGGGAACGGGGUCAUCCUGGGGCUCAUCUCGCUGGACUCCAGACUGCACACCCCCAUGUACUUCUUCCUCUCUUACCUGGCCAUCGUCGACAUAGCCUACGCCUGCAACACGGUGCCCCAGAUGCUGGUGAACCUCCUGGACCCAGCCAGACCCAUCUCCUUUGCUGGCUGCAUGACACAGACCUUUUUCUUUUUGAGUUUUGCUCAUGUUGAAUGUCUUCUCCUGGUGGUGAUGUCCUAUGACCGGUACGUGGCCAUCUGCCACCCGCUCCGAUACUCUGUCAUCAUGAGCUGGAAAGUGUGCAUCGCCCUGGCGGUCACCUCCUGGGUGUGCGGCGCCCUCCUGGCACUGGUCCACGUGAGCCUCAUCCUGAGGCUGCCCUUUUGUGGGCCCCAUGAGAUCAACCACUUCUUCUGUGAAAUCCUGUCUGUCCUCAAGCUGGCCUGUGCGGACACCUGGCUCAACCAGGCAGUCAUCUUCGUGGCCUGUGUGUUUAUCUUAGUGGGGCCCCUCUGCCUGGUGCUGGUGUCCUACAUGCGCAUCCUGGCGGCCAUCCUCAGGAUCCAGUCUGGGGAGGGCCGCAGAAAGGCCUUCUCCACCUGCUCCUCCCACCUGUGCGUGGUGGGGCUCUACUUUGGCAGCGCCAUCAUCAUGUACAUGGCCCCCAAGUCCCGCCACCCCGAGGAGCAGCAGAAGAUCCUCUUCUUGUUUUACAGUUUUUUCAACCCUAUGCUCAACCCGCUGAUCUAUAGCCUGAGGAAUGCAGAGGUCAAGGCUGCCCUGGGGAGGACACUGUGCAAGGACAGUCACUCCCAGUUGGAGUGAGAGUUGCAUCACCAGCUCCAGCCAUUCGCUGGGGUAAUAAGCACAAGUGUAUGAAGACAAGGAUGAGGUAGCGAGAAAGGACUGUGACUCCAGGG